GAUAUUUGACUACCGAGGACCAAACACAGAGUUAUUUAUUCAAUGAAUUUUGCGAAACAAAUUCGCCUGCGUCAUUCUCACCUCUUAAUUCUAAUUAACAAGAUUUUUUUGGGACCUGCCUCCACAAGUUUCUCUUUCUCUUUCCCCCCCUGCUCCCUGUGGUUUUUUUAAAAUUUCCUGGGAAGUAUGAGCUCUGAGAAGAGCAAAGCCAUGGCUAGAGUCUUGCUGCUGUACCCGAGUUUUGUCAGCUCCGCGGCCCACGGACGCACAUGCAUGUCAGCUCAGUUUAAAAAGCCGGGUGAUUAUAUCCUGGGAGGCUUAUUCCCUUUUGGAAUGAAUACCAUGAACCUGAGCGAGCGACUGGAGCCCAGUGUCGUCGUGUGUGACAGGUUAUAUGCUUCUGGCCUGAUCUGGGCUCUAGGGAUGAAGUUUGCCAUCGAUAAAAUCAACAACUCCACUUCCCUCCUCCCGGGAAUAAAACUGGGCUAUGAAAUCUGUGACACCCACUUAGAGCCUGUGGUGGUCAUACAGCCCAGCUUGUUAUUCCUGACCAGGGAGGGCAGCGCUGGCAUCAGAGCCCUGUGCAGCUACACUGACCACCAGACCCGAGUAACAGCUGUGAUUACAGCCAAGCUCUUCGGCUUCUUUCUCAUCCCGCAGACACACUGGUCUCUCCCCCAUUUCCAUGUUAGCUACGGAGCCAGCAGUGAGAAACUCAGCCAAGAGGAGUAUUACCCAUCCUUUUUCCGGACUGUUCCCAGUGAUAAGAGCCAGUCGAAAGCCCUGGUGCAGCUAAUCAAUAAGUUUGAAUGGAACAGGAUUGUGGCCAUUGGGAGCAAAAAUGAAUAUGGCCAUGAAGGCCUAGGCACCUUCUCCAACUUGGCCACAGCCCAGGGCAUCUGCAUAGUCUGUGAGGCAUUGAUUCCUGCUGACCCAUCAGCCCCACAAGAUCACCAGAAACCAGAGAAAAUCAAGUACAUCAAUGAGACCCAGGUGAAUGUAAUUAUCCUCUUCUCCGUGGACAGGCCAGUGCAGGCCCUGCUGGAACUGGGGAUCAGCCAUGGCUUCAGCCAGAAGGUGUGGAUUGCCACUGAAGCCUGGGUGAUGUCUGACAUAGUCACCUCUAUCCCCAGCAUCCAGACCAUUGGGACAGUCAUCAGCUUUACCAUCAAGGGAAGCAUUGUACCUGGCUUUCAAGACUACGUCACUGACCUCUUCUCAUCCGUCCAGCAGAAGAGCUUCUGCUGGGCUUCCUGGGAGUACAGCCGUGAAGCCGACUCUGCGGUGCUUGGCCCGCACUGCAGGCAGUGUGACAACGUCUCCCUGCCCGACAUCUCUCACUUGCUGGAGAACCAGCAGACCUAUGUGGUGUACGUCGCAGUGUACAGCGUGGCCCAUGCGCUGCACCAGGCGCUGGGGUGCAUGGCGGAAGGGUGCCCCAAAGCAACUGUCAAGUCCUGGCAGCUGCUGGACCUCAUGAAAACGCUUCUGUUCACCCUUGAUAACCAAUCAUUCCAGAUGAACCAGUUCCAUAGCACAAACCAGGGCUACAACGUCAUGUUUUGUAGUUGGCAGAAAAACAGCCUCCAGUAUAUAUCCAUUGGAGACUAUCGGGGGUCCUUAAGCAUCGACACGUCCCAGAUUCGGUUUCACACCCUGGAUAACAAGAAACCUGUAUCCACGUGUUUUCAGCGGUGUGAACCAGGGCAGAUUAAGAGAGUGAAGAGAUUCCACCUCUGCUGUUAUGUUAUCGACUGUGAAGAAAACGCCUACCAGAGCACCAGAGAGGACUUGUUUUGCACUGAAUGCCCAGAGCAUCAGUGGUCACCUAUUCAAAGCACCAAGUGUUACGACCGCAGCGAGAGAUACCUCUUCUGGGACGAGCCGCUCGUCAUCAGCUUGCUGGUCCUCGUGCUCUUCGCCACAGUACUGACCUGCCUGUCAGCAGUGCUCUUCCUUAAGAACCUCAACAUCCCCCUGGUGCAGGCAUCCGGGGGCACCAGGAGCAUCUUUGCCCUGCUCUUCCUCUUGCAGACGUGCCUCAGCUUCUGCCUGCAUAUAGAAAAGCCCAGCGUUGUCAGCUGUAUGGUCCAGCAGCCCCUCUACGCCCUGGGCCUCAGCGCUUGCUUCUCCACCUUCUUAGUCAAGUCACUGGAGAUCGUCUUGCUGACGGAGUUCAAGUGUCCCAAAAGCUCCCUGCUCUAGGUGACCCAGAAGAGGGCUUGGCUCGUUGUCACGAUCGCCUGCCUGGUUGAGAGCAUGUUCUGUUUUUGGUACAUCUACUCGGUUCCAGCCAUCCCAGUGAGCAAUUACAAGCUGCUGCACUCCCAGGUUCUGAUCAUUUGUUGGGUUCAGUUCUGGUUCACGUUCAUUAUGAUCCACGGCUACACCGGUGGCCUGGCAUUCAUCUGUUUCCUCUGCACUUUCAUGGUGCAGACCCCUGCCAAGAGGUACAACAUGGCCCGGGGGAUAACGUUUAGCAUGCUGUCCUACUUUGUUACUUGGAUCGCUUUUGUUGCCACCUAUAGCACGGUACAGCCCACGCAGCAGCCAGCUGCGCAUAUCUGCAGUGGGUUGCUGUGUGCGCUGGGGCUCCUGGCCUCCUACUACCUCCCGAAAUGUUACAUCCUUUUGUUUAAGCCCGAAUGGAACACGGUGGCUUAUUUCCAGUUACACCAAGGAGGGGCCUCAUGAGAAGGACUCCUGCUAACCAGACCUGUUCUAGGCUGCUGUGAAAUAAAAGUUGGGAGGGCUUUAAAUGUUAGCAAGGAUGGUUUGGUUUGUAAUGACUCCAUGAGUUGCCGUUGAAAGACACAAUUACUGUAUAAAAUACACACAGCCCUACCUGGUAGACUGAAGACUAGAACCUUUCCAGCUAAAAAAAAAAAAAAAAA